UUCCGCCAUUAUCAAAACUCGAAAUUGCACAUACUGACGGAUUGCGAAGCAGAAAGAACACUGGCCGGGACUGGACAUCGCUUCGCUGGUUGUUCCUCAAAAUUGUUGCCUUAUUUCGGUCGAAAAAUUGCACCACAUUGCAGCGGAAACAUCGUUUCAGGUGAGGAAAGAAAAAAAGGUUCCGUUUGGCUGAAGAAACGCAGUGCAAUCAACCGGGAAAAACAAUGUCCCUGAACGAAGGCGAAGUGAAGCUGUCGCACCGUACGCGGAAACGCGUCCGCGAAGUCAAACGGAAGGCUCGACCAGAGCUGGCCGAUAAGAGUGCCUGGGUGCAGCUGGAGUACCACAGGAAGUUCGACAAGUUCCGGGAGUUUGAGGACAAUGUAGAGCGGAUCCACGUGAAGGACGUAUCGCCGCAGGAGUUUAUCGAUCGGUUCGAGUCGAUCUACAAGCCAGUGGUGAUCGAAGGGAUUACCGAAGGGUGGAAGGCCGAGUACAAGUGGACGCUGGAGCGGCUGGCCAAGAAGUACCGGAAUCAGAAGUUCAAGUGCGGCGAGGACAACGAUGGGUACAGCGUGAAGAUGAAGAUGAAGUACUACAUUGAGUACAUGCGGAACACCACGGACGACAGUCCGCUGUACAUCUUUGAUAGUAGCUUCGGGGAGCACCAUCGGCGGAAAAAGUUGCUGGAAGAUUACGACAUUCCGCUGUACUUCCGGGACGAUCUGUUCAAACAUGCCGGAGAGGAGCGUCGGCCACCGUAUCGGUGGUUCGUGAUGGGCCCGGGCCGGUCCGGUACGGGCAUUCAUAUCGAUCCGCUCGGGACCAGCGCUUGGAAUGCGCUGAUCAGCGGUCACAAACGGUGGUGCCUGUUUCCGACCCACACGCCAAAGGAACUGCUCAAGGUCAGCGGAGCGAUCGGGGGCAAACAGCGGGACGAGGCAAUUACCUGGUUCAAUCUGAUCUACCCGAAGACGAAGCAGCUGGACUGGCCGAGCGAUUGCAAACCGCUGGAGAUCCUUCAGGGACCGGGCGAAACGGUAUUCGUCCCGGGAGGAUGGUGGCACGUGGUGCUAAACAUGGACGACACGAUAGCCGUGACGCAGAACUUCUGCAGCAAAACGAACUUCCCCGUCGUGUGGCACAAGACCGUCCGGGGGAGACCAAAACUGUCCAAAAAGUGGCUGAAGGUGCUUCAGGAAGUGGAACCGGAGCUGGCCAAGGUGGCGACCGAGAUCGAUGUCGGGCAGAGCACCGGUGUGGCGUCGGAUAGCUCGAGCAACUCCAGCUCGUCGUCUUCCAGCUCGAGCAGCGACGAAAGCGACAGCAGCAACACUGAUAGCGGCCAGGAAUCCCUAUCGGCCCACAAGACCAAGAAGCGCCGGAAAACCGGCGGCGGAAUGAUGGCCUGAUUAAUACUGUGAGAGCGCUGUGGUGGGGCGCUAACAUCAUUUGGGGAGGGACGAGGGCAGAUCCAAUCAAAGUUCUUUCAUUUGAUACGUUUUAUCAUAUAUUUUUUUCCGAACAGGACGUGAAACUGAAAUAAUCUUUUUAAAAUGAGUAUUACCCUUGAAACUGAAGCAAACACCGAGGUGGGAAUCGUUAGGUUUACAAACUAAUUUAUAAAACUAGAACAAUGUGAAUUGAUAACAGAAGCAAAACUGCAUAACCUAGUAGUUUAGAGUAAAACAAUGUAAUUUAACACAAAUCAAGCAAGCGGAAGCAAAGCAAAGUGCGUAGCCAAAUUAGGAUAUGGAAAUAGGCACCAACAAAUUGGUAUCUCCGAGAUUUAAAACUUACAUGGUAAUUGAGACAACCUACAAGCAACUUGUAAGACAACCUCACUCGCAGUGAUCAUCCUCCCGAAACAAAAGUUCAUCCCGUUAUUACAAUAGUGAAAAGUUGAUCAAAAUAAAGACGAGCGAGCGAUAGAAGAGCAAAAAAGGUUCAAUCAUCAACAUCAAGCAUCAUUGAAGAAAAAAAAAACAGAAUCGGUAUUUGUGCCUUGGACGUAAGCAAGAAACAGAUGAUGAUCAUCCAUCGAUCGCAUCAAUCAAGAUUGUUUGUUGGAUAUCUGAAGAUGAGCAAAUCGGUUAGAAAUUAUUGAAUAAAACCGUUUCAAUCGGAAAUCUUAUGGUUUUCGGGUUAAAUUAUAA